CUUUUAGGUCAACGCUUGCAACACAAAAACUUCAAUUUUCUUUCAAACAAAUUAUUCCAAAUAAUUAUUUCAGCAUUGUGUUGAUUUUAAAGAAUAUAAAAGAAUUAAAUUAAAGCUUACAUUUAUAACACAUUUAUUUCAACAAAGUUGAAAUAAAUAAAAUGACUUCUGUUGAAGAACGAACAAUAUUUGCGAAACUUGAAGUCAUGAAGGAUAUUCGAAUGAAAACAAUACAAUUGGAGAAGUUGAAACUUCGAAUUGUAAAUCAGGUCGAAAAUUCUGAUGCAGAAGAAAAAUGUCUGGCUGAAUAUCGAAGAGAACUUGAAUUGUUGAUGCAAGAAAAAAUGAGCCAUGUCGAAGAACUUCGUCAAAUUCAUGCGGAUAUCAAUGCGAUGGAAACGGUCAUAAAGCAAGCUGAAGAAAAUCGAUCGAGAUCAAUGGGCAUGGCUAAUCGAUUUCAUGAGGAAUACGUUCCAUUGAAGUCAGAAAUUGACAAUAUGCGAAGGGAAUAUUUAGGCUUAGAACGUCUUCCGGAAUUACAUGAAGAAGAAGGAUCCAUUGUUACGCCAGAUCGAUUCCAACAGCAACAUGCAAACUUUUAUUCUGGAAAACUCUCAACACCAACUGCAAGUUUCACACGUCCAACGCCAGUUUCGGCGCUCGCAAAUCAAGCUCAAGCUCCACAUCAUCCAUUGCCAUCAACUGACUCGCCACACAUUACUCCAUUAAACCCAUCGCAUGGAUUUUUACCACCUGCACCGCCAUCUGUCACCAGUGGAAUGCGAGGACUUUCAGCAAGUAAACCGAAUGAAAUCAACAAUCCGGCUUCACGAAUUCAACAAGCACCAACAUCUAUGGGAAUGCACCCGACAUUCAGGUCUGAUUUCAAUGUCUCAUUGAGACAACAACCACCGCCAAUGAAAUCGUGUUUAUCAUGCCAUCAACAGAUUCAUCGUAAUGCUCCAAUAUGUCCAUUGUGUAAGGCUAAAAGUCGCUCACGUAAUCCAAAAAAACCUAAAAAGAAAGAACAUUAAACAUCGCCAAGAAGUAAAAAAAAUUGUUCAGGUCAGUUUGGAUCUCUUCUUUGUGUGAAAUUAUUGAAAUUUCAAAUCAAUGAGAUUGCAUCUCACUUCAACAUUUUUAAAAACAUCAAAAAGAACAAAUUAAUUCUAACGUUUAAAGACUUAAACAACACAAUUUUCUAGUAUUAUCAAAUUAAAUCGUAAAGACUCGCUCUCUUUCACUCUCUCAGUUUCCAACACUUUUUCUGAUGAUCACUACCAAGAGAGUUGAUUGAUCGAGUUAGAACAAAUGGAACAUUAUGAAUUUAAGAUUCUUAUUUUUAAAAUCAAAAUAAUCUCUUCUCAAUUGCCAAAACAUUUUUCUAAUUACAAUUUAAUAAACGAAUAUCUACGUAAAGUUCAAAUUUUUUCUUUGCAUUUAUGUGAACUUUCUUGUAUUUAAGAAUUCAUAAGUUUAUGGUACUUAAUAGAUAAUAAGAAAUAAAUUUUAUAGCGAGUGUGAAUUAAUGUAUGCAACUAAUAAAUAAUAUUGAAUUUUAAUUAUUUAAUACUCUGAACUUAUAAAGUUGUUUACUUUACACCAACAACGAGUAGACAUGAUUAAAACUUGAAAAGGAAAGAAGUACAAUAAAGAAAUUAAUUUAAGAUGAAAAUAAAAAUGUUCUUGUUUUAUUUUGUCAUUUAUUUACACAUUUU